AUGCAUCUUGGGAAAGGGCUCUGGCUAGUUGGUCAAAUUAGCCUUCUUGUUCAAGCUUCUCAUAAUCAUCAUGGCCACCACCACCACCAUGCGAGAUCCCAUGACCUUCACAUGCCCGAUAGUGCUUCUCAUGUGUCUGGAUCAGUUCAUGCAGUGACUUCAAGUGGUCCAUAUGCAGCUGGGGAAACCUCUGACGCAGCUGAUGCCGUUGCACGGGCUCUCAAAGUCUUGAAACAGAGAAACAAGCUUCGCCUUGAGAAUGUCCAGCACAACAACUACAAGUUAGGAGCUUUCUCUGACAAGAGCUCUGAUCCCAAUUCUCGUCCCCUGGACUACAGCCCGAAGGCUGCAGAAACUUCGACGAAUUCCAACAACCAGACCAUCCGCAGAUCAUCCGACACAAAAGAGAAUUAUGGAUACUCAAUUCCCCCGGAACUCAGAGAGGCUGCUCGAAUCCUUGCCGAGUCAACACCCCCAUCUCCAUCGACAGGAAACCAUAGUGCUGUGGCGGCCUUGAUGCGCGAAAAGUAUGGUAGCGGGAUAAGCGACACCUCCAUUCCUCUGCAGAGCUAUAGAACCUACGAUGGUUUAUCUGAUAUUGUCAUGCAAAAUAACCAAUCAGUACCUUCUGGAAAUUCUAUUCCUGAGGAAGGACUCGGAAAGCGAGCAAGCUUAAGUUGGUGGAUGGCUACAAUGGUCCAACGUGGUGCCAAUCCGUACGCACCAUCUGGUUACAAAGUUUGGAGAAAUGUCAAAGAUUAUGGAGCUAAGGGAGACGGCGUUACCGACGACACUGCGGCUAUCAACCUUGCUAUCUCAGAUGGGGGCCGUUGUGGUGCCAGCUGCGGUUCAAGCACGAUAUACCCUGCCGUGGUCUACUUCCCGCCUGGUGACUACCUCGUCAGCAGCCCCAUCAUUCAGUAUUUUAACACACAGAUCCUCGGUGAUCCCAUCGACCUACCCACGAUUCUCGGUGCAUCAAGCUUUGUUGGUCUUGGUGUCAUUACCUCUGAUGUUUACGUCGGUGAUCAAGAAGAAUGGUACAUUAAUACGAACAAUUUCCUCCGCAGCGUUCGCAACUUCAAGAUUGAUAUCACCCGGACGGACCAAUCAGCCUAUGUCUGCGCUAUUCAUUGGCAAGUCGCUCAGGGAACGUCUCUUGAAAAUAUCUACUUCUACAUGACCCAAGAUGCGCAAACCACUCAGCAGGGUAUUUAUAUGGAGAACGGAAGUGGCGGGUUCAUGGCUGACUUGACCUUUGUCGGUGGCAACUUUGGUGCUUACCUUGGCAACCAGCAAUUCACAACCAGUCACUUGGUGUUUGUGAAUUGCAACACCGCAGUUCAAAUCCAGUGGGACUGGGCCUGGACAAUGCAGGAUGUUGUUGUUGAAAGCUGUACUACCGGUAUUUUGAUUGUCGGAGGAGCAGGUGGUCCUUACAGUACAGGGCAGGGCGUUGGCUCUUUUGUUUUAGUUGACUCUCUGAUUGCCAACACCGCUACUGGUAUCGUCACCACACUCUACAAUGAGAACUCAACUGCUUUGCUUUUGCAAAACGUUGGGUUCUAUAACACGCAGACCGCUAUUUUGGAUAACAACGUGAACAAGGCUUUGAUCCCUGGAGGCGACCAGACCAUUCUUGAUUCAUGGGGCUUCGGAAUGGUCAAUGACCCAGACGGUGCACGUUUUGUUUCUGGCGCGAAUUUGCUCGCUAUGAACAGGUCCUCUUCGCUCGUUGGUAGCACACUUUACAAUACCAAGCCUAAUUUCUUCACCCGUCGUCGUCCGAAAUAUGACGAUUUGGGGAAUUCUCAGGUGCUGGACGUCAAGGAGCUCGGUGCUAAGGGCGAUGGCAUUCACGACGAUACGAACGUGCUAAACUCCAUCCUAGCCAGAGCUGCUAACAUGUCGUCUAUUGUAUACUUACCGCAUGGUGUUUAUGUUAUCAAAGACACGCUCAACGUCCCCAAAAACUCUCGCAUCCUGGGUCAAGCAUGGUCUCAAAUCAUGGCCACAGGCGAUAAAUUUGAAGAUGUGAAAAAUCCACGUGUCGCCGUGAAAGUUGGAAAAAGGGUGACGAAGGCAUUGUCGAGAUUCAAGAUCUCCUUUUCACCGUAUCCGGGCCCACGGCAGGUGCUUCUCCUAGAUCUAUUGGCGAAUCUGUUACUUGAUAUUCCUACUGACGUCUACUUCCUUACGACAGAUUCUCAUUUCCGAGUUGGGGGGCUAAAGGCUCCAAUCUACAAGCCUCAGAUUGCCCAAAGAACAGUGGCUCGCUCCUCGGCAUAUCUGGAGAAUGUCUGGGUCUGGACUGCCGACCAUGAUCUUGAUAUUGCGUCUCAAGAUCAACUGGAUAUUUACGCAGCUCGUGGCAUUCUUAUUGAAAGCCAGGGGCCAACAUGGCUUUAUGGAACCGCCUCGGAGCACCAAGUCUUUUACCAGUAUGAGCUAUAUCAAGCUGAAAAUAUUGUCAUGGGAAUGAUACAAACCGAGUCUCCCUACUUCCAGCCAUUGCCUGCUGCACCCUUGCCAUUUACGCCUGGUCUAUUCCCCGGAGACCCUGAUUUCACAAACUGCACCUCAUCCUCCAAGACUUGUGGUUUCUCAUGGAGUAUGCGUAUCUUGGACUCUUCAACCGUUUAUCUCCUUGGCGCAGGAUUCUACAGUUGGUUCUCGGACUAUUCGCAGAAAUGUGUCGAUGAAGACCUUUGCCAAGACCGUGGGUUCCAAAUCGAGGAGAGCUAUGAUACAUGGAUCUACAAUUUGGUCACCAAGGCAAUUUCCGAGAUGGUGAGCCCGACGGGUGAAACCCCAACUUAUGCUAAGGACAACAAGAAUGGAUUUUUAUCCUCUUUACUUGCUUGGAUCCGAGGCUCGAAGGUGGUGAUUGGUGGUCGAGACCUCCCAGGCUUUUAUGUCUGGGACGCUAAUACUGACGCGGAUUUGAUGACUGGCCUGCCUGAUUCCUGCAAAACCUCACUCACCCAAUUAGUCGGAUGUGAUUCGUACGCGCGGCUGUUUUUGGCUGAGAGUUAUCGGGGAUCAUUGGGCAAUGACACUCUCACAGAAUCAGUCUGUGAUGAAAUUUGCGGCGUCUCAUUGAAGAGCUGGUUUGAUAAUGUUGCUUCUGACUGCAAGGGAUACAAUGUUUCUGAUUCCGCUGCCACCAAAUAUGGUGGACAGAUCUGGUCUGGCUGGAACGAAACCUGUCUCAAAGAUACCACAACGGGAGAAUACUGUAAUGAUUUGAUAUCCAAAUAUCCAGCCGUCGACUUCCUAGAUGACAUGCCGGAAUCGGAAAUCUGCUCAUUCUGCUUUGUCGAGAGACUGGGAAUCAUGCAGCGGUCAUCAUACUCCUUCUACGAUGAAGGGUUCCAGGAUCAGUUGGAAACCGUCAAUGCUAAAUGUGGACUGUCUGUUCCGACGGCCAAACCCCCAUCAUUGGAUGCACCCCCUGAGUUCCUACCUGACCCCAUCUGCAUCUCGAAUCAAAUGCAUCAGACAGUCUCCGGUGACACAUGUGACUCUAUCGCUUUGCGAUACAAUGUUUCAUCUUCAUCCCUGGUUAUGGCAAACAAUCGCCAGCUCAUGGUCUGCAACGACUUGGCUGCAGACAUGGAUAUUUGCGUACCAAGCAGCUGUGCAUCCACAUACAUCCUCAAGAGCAACGACACCUGUACAUCCAUCGAAUCAUCGGGCCUUCGCCAGCGUGGUGACGUGAGAAAAUACAACUCAUGGGUCGAAUGGGAUUGUUCCAACCUUCAAACGUCCACUGACAUCUGGGGCCACGUUAUCUGCCUUGGCGUUCAAGGAGGAGCAUAUACUGCUACCGCCCCAGUUCCCGGAGUUACUCUAGCCCCUGGAGAGAGCACAGGCUAUUCAGACUCACGCAUUGCGCCCCCGUCGAAUGCUACUGUCGCCCAAGGUACAACAUUGAAAUGUGGCAAAUGGCACGUUGCUGCAAAGGGAGAAUCCUGUGCACAGAUUUGUGUCCGGAAUUCCCUCACAUCAGCUAUGUUCGUAGAGGCGAACCCGUCUCUCACGAAAUUGGAUUGCUCCAAUGGUUUGGUCGUUGGGGAUGCUUAUUGUGUCAGCCCUAACCAGGCAUUGUCGAAUAGUGCGACUACCCCGGUAAGCAGCUCUCAGCCUACUUCGGCAAUUGUGUCCCAUACCUAG